GUCUACAUGGGAGAGAACCGCUUAGAACAUAUAUGUGCAUGUGAAUUAAUCACAGGUUAACUUGUAUUAUAAAGCAAUGCAUGUGUACACAGCGAUUGUAUUUCAAUGUAUUCUAAUAUGGAGCUUGUCAAGAGGGACAUAUGUGUUCAUUUCUUCAGAAACAUGUGGCUCUUCAUUUUACAUUGACCCGGACGAGUCAUUAGAUGUAGUCUAUGAAGGAGGAUCCGUGUCCACGGAUGACGAGGAUGGCUGCUAUGUUCAACUUAACAACAAACACUCACCCCAGAAGACAAUAUGCUUCGAUGAAGUGUCAAUGGAUAUCGACAGUUGUCUGACUACCGUUCUUGUCAUUCCUUCACCUGUAUCCACGGACCCUGUAAAGUCCUGGAGUUGCUUAGAUAUGGCUGGCUCGGGCUGGUGCGGAGAGAGAGGGACAGCCGAUUUAUUUGUGAAAGUUACCACAACCCAGACUUACCCGAGAGCAUAUGUGGAUUUGCGUGUCUACUUACGUACAUCGCCUAACGAUACGAGCGGUACGUUGACGCCAGAUAAAAGUGAAUCCGGCUCUAACCACGCACCUACGAUUUGGAUUGUUGGUGUAAUUGUGGCGUUGAUGUUACUAGUUGUUGGUUGUGGCAUUUUCCGAACGGUUAAACGGAGGCGGGAGCUACCAACACAAGUUACCAUCACAUACCCUUCCCAGUCACAAACCGCAGCCGGUCCGAGAAAUCCACAAUGCGCUCAGCCAUCGGCAGUCCAGUACUCUGGUAACACAAACUACAAUCUCGUUCCCAACGCCUACCCACAGACUGUCCACGUCAAUUCAUAUACUUCGCACAUGCCACCUAGUAUUCCACAUAUGCAGAGCGCUAGUCUACACAUGUCACGUGAUAGCCCACACACUCCACUUGUCAGCCCGUCUGCACCACCAAUAGAUCUAUAUGCAAGGACAAUGCAGCCUCAACAUUUUGACGAAUCGGCUCCACCUACGUACGAACAAUGCAUGAAAAAUGCAAAGAUGUCCUAGAACUAGGUCAGUCUGAUGAAGAUUUACCCUACCUUACCUAGAAUCUCAUUCAUGGAGAGAAAGAUGUACCCUACAUCAGGAAAAAAAACAUGGAGAAAAAUAAUUACCCUAAGUCAGCAAGAACCUCAUUACAUAGAGAUAAAGAUUUAGCCUUCCACAGCAAGAACCUCAUACAUGAAGCUAAUGAUUUACCCUACACCGGCAAGAACCUCAAACAUGAAGCUAAUGAUUUACCCUACACCGACAAGAACCUCAUGCAAUGAGCGAAAGAUUUACCCUUCCACAGGAAGAACCUCAUACAUGAAGAUAAUGAUUUACCCUACACCGGCAAGAACCUCAUGCAAUGAGCGAAAGAUUUACCCUUCCACAGGAAGAACCUCAUACAUGAAGAUAAUGAUUUACCCUACACCGGCAAGAACCUUAUGCAAUGAGCGAAAGAUUUACCCUUCCACAGGAAGAACCUCAAACAAAUUGAUAAAGAUCAACUCUUCACCAGCAAGAAUCUCAUACAAGUAGAGAAAGAUUUACCCUAGCUCGACAAGAAUCUCAAUACAUGGAGAGGGAGAUUUACCCUUCACAAGCAAGAAUCUCAUUACAUGGAGAGGGAGAUUUACCCUUCACAAGCAAGAAUCUCAUUACAUGGAGAGAAAGAUUUACCCUUCACAAGCAAGAAUCUCAUUACAUGGAGAGAAAGAUUUACCCUUCCCCUGCAAGAAUCUCAUACAAGUAGAGAAAGAUUUACCCUAGCUCGACAAGAAUCUCAAUACAUGGAGAGGGAGAUUUACCCUUCACAAGCAAGAAUCUCAUUACAUGGAGAGAAAGAUUUACCCUUCACAAGCAAGAAUCUCAUUACAUGGAGAGAAAGAUUUACCCUUCACAAGCAAGAAUCUCAUUACAUGGAGAGAAAGAUUUACCCUUCACAAGCAAGAACCUCAUUACAUGGAGAGAAAGAUUUACCCUUCCCCUGCAAGAAUCCCAUACAAGGUGAGAAAGAUUUACCCUUCCCCUGCAAGAAUCUCAUACAAGGAGAGAAAGAUUUACCCUUCCCCUGCAAGAAUCUCAUACAAGGAGAGAAAGAUUUACCCUUCACAAGCAAGAAUCUCAUUACAUGGAGAGAAAGAUUUACCCUUCCCCUGCAAGAAUCUCAUACAAGGAGAGAAAGAUUUAUUUCCCUGCAAGAAUCUUGUACAAGGAGAGAAAGAUUUACCCUUCCCCUGCAAGAAUCUCAUACAAGGAGAGAAAGAUUUACCCUUCCCCUGCAAGAAUCUCAUACAAGGUGAGAAAGAUUUACCCUUCCCCUGCAAGAAUCUCAUACAAGGAGAGAAAGAUUUACCCUUCCCCUGCAAGAAUCUCAUACAAGGAGAGAAAGAUUUACCUUCCCCUGCAAGAAUCUCGUACAAGGAGAGAAAGAUUUACCCUUCCCCUCCAAAAAUCAUACAAGGAGAGAAAGAUUUACCCUUCCCUUGCAAGAAUCUCGUACAAGGUGAGAAAGAUUUACACUUCCCCUGCAAGAAUCUCAUACAAGGAGAAAAGAUUUACCCUUCCCUUGCAAGAAUCCCAUACAAGGAGAAAAAGAUUUACCCUUCACAAGCAAGAAUCUCAUUACAUGGAGAGAAAGAUUUACCCUUCCCCUGCAAGAAUCUCAUACAAGGAGAGAAAGAUUUAUUUCCCUGCAAGAAUCUUGUACAAGGAGAGAAAGAUUUACCCUUCCCCUGCAAGAAUCUCAUACAAGGAGAGAAAGAUUUACCCUUCCCCUGCAAGAAUCUCAUACAAGGUGAGAAAGAUUUACCCUUCCCCUGCAAGAAUCUCAUACAAGGAGAGAAAGAUUUACCCUUCCCCUGCAAGAAUCUCAUACAAGGAGAGAAAGAUUUACCUUCCCCUGCAAGAAUCUCGUACAAGGAGAGAAAGAUUUACCCUUCCCCUCCAAAAAUCAUACAAGGAGAGAAAGAUUUACCCUUCCCUUGCAAGAAUCUCGUACAAGGUGAGAAAGAUUUACACUUCCCCUGCAAGAAUCUCAUACAAGGAGAAAAGAUUUACCCUUCCCUUGCAAGAAUCUCAUACAAGGAGAAAAAGAUUUACCCUUCCCCUGCAAGAAUCUCAUACAAGGAGAGAAAGAUUUACCCUUCCCCUGCAAGAAUCUUAUACAAGGAGAUAAAGAUUUACCAUUCCCCUGCAAGAACAUAUUUACAUGGAGAGAAAGAUAUACCCUUUCCUUGCUAUUUACAUGGAGAGAAAGAUUUACCCUCUCCUUGCAAGAACCUAAUUACAUGGAGAGAAAGAUUUACCAUUCACCAGCAAGAACCUAAUUACAUGGAGGGAAAGAUUUACCUUUCACCAGCAAGAAUCUCAUACAAGGAAAGGAAUUUAUUUGUAAUUACUUGUAUUCAGAUUGGUUUAUUAUAUAAGCCGAUGUUAUAGAGUUUAUAUGUGUGGAAUAUCCAACAUAAACGAGUGUACUGCUAGGUGAGAGACCUUUAUAGACAUGUGACAUAAAACACUUAAUCAAUUUUUCUAAUUGGUGAUUCUCAAAAAUCCAAUAUUAAUGAACAUGUAUGUAUGCAGUUUCUUUGGCAAAUCAUGAGUGUUGGCGUUUCAUCAGCUCAUUUUCUAAUUUAUGCCCCAUAGGAUUUUCGUUUAUUUCAUAACCUGAAAUCGACAUAUCUAGAAAUAUCGGUCUAUUUUUUUUCAUUUUGCCAAGUCACUGGAGCAGUUUAAACAAAACCGACGUCAAAUAUGUUGAAUUACGUCACUUUCAAUUGAAAACAGAAAAACGAUAAACAGUUAAGAUAAUAUUAUCAGUGAAAUUAAUAUCACUUUAAUGAACCGUUUCACAAAAUAUCAAUAUAUUAUAUUUAUCACCCUUUAUUCGAAAUUUAGAGAAGCAUUUUUUUAAUUUUAAUUCCUAAUCUUUUUAAAUCUCUUGCUUUCAGUAAGCUAAAGCUUUUACAAUUGUGAACAGUCAGCAGUACAUGAUGAUUAUGUUUGAGACGUGCGGGUGGGGUGUGUAAGCUUAUUUAUACUCGCACUCGGGCCUUGCCCAUUCGGCGAGUGCUCCCUGGUAAGAGCUACAUUGGUUCUUUAACGUGCACCAGUGUAUAGCACUGUCACACGGGACCCCCAUUUAACGUCCCUCCCGGAAGACGAUUGGUUUUUAUUUUAGUGAUGCGACGGGGGGUCGAACCUGCGACCCCUGGAUUGAUAGUCAAGUGUGUGACCACUAGACCACGGAUCCGCCAUAGAAACGUGUGCAAACUCAAUGCUUUGAAUAAGUGUAAAUUUUAUCAUGAUCUUCGCGGUUCUCGAUAAGGAAGGAAGGGGGGGGGGGGGUACUUUUAACAAUAUCCUCACGAAACGUCAGCAAUAUGUUGCACAGGGAUUUAUAAUACAUAUAGACUUGCUGGAUAACUUGGAUUUAUUUUCGUUCGUUUCAGGAUAAAUGGUAGGUUAUCAAUUAGAAAGGUUGUUCAGUGUAGUAGCUCAUAUUCUACGUUAUUUUUUAAGCAAGCCAGGUUAUAUGUAUCUGUUAAUUGUUAAGGAAUAUGGGUUUUUUAUUGACUGAACGGCUUUGGUCUAUUUAUCCCAAUCGUUUUAUUGAUUUUAGUAUUAUUUUUCACUUCAAUUUUUCUUAUCACAGAAAACAAUAUAUGUUUGGGUUGGUAUUCAAUACUGGUCUUAAUUGGAUCAAAUAACGAUGUAGCUAAUCGGAUUCCUCGAUAUAAAUAACGGGCCCAUACAGUGAAUAGAGUCAAUGAUGUACCAUAGCAUUUAUUUGACUAAGACAUUGUCAGUUCAUCGUUAUAAAAACACAAUUAUAAAUAUGACGUGACAUGUUAUAUGUGUAACAUUAUAAUAGGAAUACAUGUAUAUUACAUGUUCUUAAACUUAAUAGUUGGUGAGAAUGUAUUUAUAUUAAUUUAACAGGGACACGCGUUAAUAUAUAUGUAUAUAUAAAAGAGUACCUAUGGAGUCCCGUUGUGUGUUUAUUAAGGGGACUCGGUCAAGUUUUUGUAAAAUGCACCUUUUUGUUGUUGUUGUUGCUGUUGUUGUUGUUGGGAAUAAAGUA